GGAUGUCGGGAAACCCUCUGCCUCCAGUCAGCCGAUGUGCACAUUGGUCCCCACCCACGUCACGAUGAUGUGCGUGUGUGGGUGGGUGCUGUAAAGGCGGUGAUCUACUUUGUCUUCUCUCCCACAGAUGCUGCUGGGCUCGCCUCGCUGUGAUGACGAAAAACACAAGCAGGGCAGCAGAAGCGUGGAUGAAGCCGAGGAUGCAAUGUGGAUCAUGUGUUUGUCGUCUUCAUCUGCUACGUUCGGUGAUGACCUCAUCUUGACUGUCUAGUUUAGCGUCCCCCCACCCCACCCCCGGCCACUUUCUUGAGGUCAACCACCAGCUUGUUUGCAAACAAGACUCGGAUCCUGCAAGGAAGACUUCCCCCCACCCUUGAUGCAUUGAUGCAACCGUUUCAGUGGUGCAACGGCUGCUUCUGUGGUCUGACUCAGGACUAUUCCAACAAGUCGUGCACCAUGCCGCCCAUCACCUUCCAAGACCUGCCUCUAAACAUCUACAUGGUCAUAUUUGGAACGGGCAUCUUUGUUUUCAUCCUCAGCCUCAUCUUCUGCUGCUACUUCAUCAGCAAACUCCGACACCAAGCCCAGAGUGAGCGGUUUGGAUACAAAGAGGUGGUUUUAAAAGGAGAUCCCAAAAGGUUGAAUCUGCAUGGGCAGACGUGCGCCGUGUGUUUGGAGGACUUUAAAGUGAAAGACGAGCUGGGAGUGUUGCCAUGCCAACACGCUUUCCAUCGAAAGUGUCUUGUCAAGUGGCUGGAGGUUCGAUGCGUCUGCCCCAUGUGCAAUAAACCCAUCGCCGGCCCCCCUGAGCAGCACCACAGCAUCGGUACCCUGCUGGAUGAACUGGUGUAACCUAGCAACCGCAUCCCACCUUGGCUGUAGUGAUGGUAGCCACCGGCAGGAUGGAAGGACCAGUGUUUGGCUGCUACGAGGACACCAUAAGAGCACUUUGGGGCUGGCUAACCACCCAGAAAAAGACUCUGCCGAGGGAUGCUGUUGCCUAGCAACCCAACCCUGAGAUGGCAACACGGCGGCACCUUCUUGAUAAUCUUCAACCACCCACACGUCCCUGCUCCACCAGUUUUCUUUCCACAUCUCCCUAUCCACAUAUCUUCAGUUCCUUCCAGUGAGGUCAACAGCUUUUUUUUUCUUUCUUUACAGCCAGAAGUGUUCUAUUGACUCCCGUGAGAAAGUUGAGGCAUUUACACGAGUGUACAUCCAUGUUAUUUGAAGAAGAUGAGAGCAAAGCACUGUAGCAAGGACAUGGCAAAUUUUAUCAAAUGUGGAUAAUAUUUUCCGAAAGGUCAUUUGACUUCAGCUACAAAUCACACACAUACACACUAAUUCAUAGUGUUUUUAAUCAAUGCCCAUUUCGUAACCCUUUAUAGUGCAAGGCACCAUAUUUGCUAAGUCAAACAGGCAUCACUAUUAACCUUGUGAUCUUUCCCAAUCAAUCGGCAAAUAAAGGUAAUGAUAAUACAUCUAUAAAAUAAUAAAAAUAAAUAAUUACAUCGUCACAUACAUAUUUUUAAAAAUAUAUGCACAGAAAAUUCUAUUAAAUCAACAAAUAAUAUAUGAUCAUUUCAUAAAUAUUAAAUAUAAUUCUAAAGAUUAUGAACUGAUAUCAUAAUUGCAUUUUUUAAACUGUUACUUGAGUAACUACAAUAAUUGUAUAUAUGGUUGAAAAUGCCAUAUAAAGGGUUAAUACCACUAGUGUUGUACAUUUACUGUCCCCCCAUAUGUUUUUAUUGUGUUAACGCACACCCACCGACCACAACAUCACCUGCAAAAUCUAAUGAGAUCCAAUUCAAGAGCUAAUCAGAAAUUAUAAUAAUAUAAUAAUAGAUAAUAAUGCUUUAAUUUAACAAUAUACUUAUUAUUGUGCUGGUCUUGUGCUGGUAGCAGCCAGUGGUGUAGAACUGCACUGUGUCACAUGUCGCUAAAUAUUAAAAUAUUAGUAAUAGCUGCGAGUAUGAUGCAGUACAGCUGUAAUUUCACACACCACUGCAUACUACAACUACAAUAAUACAUACAACUGCCUUAUUAUCCAGGCUAGGUUUUUGCAGCUUUUUUGGAUCUCGUUAGAUUGUGCCUGUGCACCCAGAAAUACCCCACUGCAAGAGUUGUGCUGUUCCAUGUUGAAGUAUUUUGAAGAUUAAUGCACUUUGUGUUCAUAUAAAAGACCAUAUCAGCUCGCUGGGAUGACGUGGCUGCAGAGUCUGCAGUAUUUUGUGACAUUAAUGUUGGUGCUUCUAUACAUUCUGUACAUUCCACUGCUGUUUUUUAACUAAAGAAGCAAAACACUGCCUGACCUGAGCACAAAUCUCACAAAAGCACAUUGAUAAUAAUAUUAAGAAAAACACGCCAAACAAGUUCCACAUUUUUGUAAACUAACUGAUGUAAA